CCGGCGCGGGAGGAGCCGCCCUGCCCCGGCGCAGGCGCCGCAGCGCUCGGCCGGCGUCAUGGCCCGCGGGGCGCUGCUCGGCGCCCUGGCCUGUUUGUGCAUCCUGGCCCCGGCGGCCGAGGCCUUCAAGAGGAGGGGACCCAGCGUGACAGCCAAGGUGUUCUUUGAUGUGAAGAUUGGAGACAAAGAUGUUGGCAGAAUUGUAAUUGGAUUGUUUGGAAAAGUUGUCCCAAAGACCGUGGAGAACUUCAUUGCAUUGGCAACUGGAGAAAGAGGAUAUGGAUACAAAGGAAGUAAAUUUCAUCGUGUGAUCAAAGACUUCAUGAUUCAAGGAGGAGACUUUACAGCUGGAGAUGGAUCAGGAGGAAGAAGCAUCUAUGGAGAAAGGUUUCCUGAUGAGAACUUCAAGCUCAAACACUAUGGAAUUGGAUGGGUUAGCAUGGCUAAUUCUGGCCCGGACACCAACGGAUCCCAGUUCUUCAUCAGUGUGACAAAGCCUUCCUGGCUAGAUGGAAAACAUGUAGUAUUUGGGAAAGUCCUUGAUGGAAUGUCUGUGGUGCACUCGAUAGAACUCCAGCAGACAGAUGAACAUGAUCGGCCCCUUCAAGACUGUGUGAUUGUCAACAGUGGCAAAAUAGCUGUAAAGGAACCAUUUGUAGUUGAAGUUGGUGACUGGUGAGAACAAUACUCAGAAUGAAAAGUAAAAUUUAAUCACUUUUCAUUAAUGCCAGUUUUUGGCCAAUCUCAUUGAUCCACUGAGUUUUCUCCUUAAAACACAGGAAGUUACAUUUAGGGAAUACUUAUCAUUUGCCAAAUACAGAAAAGAUAGGACUAUUUCUGUAACAACUUGUUGGAGCUGCCACUCUUUGAAAUUCAAGACAUAUGCCACCAAAUUCUAGAUCUUGCAGAAAAAAAAACCUUUUUCUUGCAGAAAAAGUCUUCAAUAAAAAAUUAUAGCACUUUAGGGUAGCAGUAAUUCUAUUUUUUCAAGGUUUAAAGUAAAGUAAUUUUGUUCUGUUUGGAAAUUUUAGCAAUAUUUGUUGUUGUAUUUUCAACUGAAAAUAUUUACUGUAACACUGCCAGCAUUUUUAAAAACUUAAAAAAAAAAAAAGUAAAAUAUGGAAGUGUUUUGAAUAAAUAAACUUUGAUUUCAAA